AUGAAUUUUUUUUCCUUCAACAUUCGUGGUCUUAGGGGCGGAGAGAAGGCGGGUUGGGUCAAAAAGUUGAAAUCGGACUUUGGUGUUUCUUUUAUUUCGCUUCAGGAAACUAAAAGGGCGGCAGUCUCUCAAGUUGACCUUCACGGUUUCAGGGGUAAUAAUCAAUUUGGCUUCGAUAGUGUGGAUUCUGUGGGUUUGUCGGGGGGUUUGGCCUGUUUGUGGGAUAAGUCGAUCUUCAGUCAGAGUGGUGGGACUAAAGAUAGGAAUUUUCUUCAUGUUAGGGGCAAAAUUAAGGGUUCGGGGGUAGUUGUUAACGUUUUAAAUGUCUACGCCCCUCAAGGGGUGCCUGCUAAAAAGCUUUUGUGGGAUUCUCUAGUCCAACUGAUCUCUAGUUUUGAUGGUCUUUGGGUGGUUUCGGGAGACUUUAAUGCGGUGCGCUUUAGGGAGGAGAAAAGGAAUUGCUCCUUUAAAAACACUUGUGCCAAUAACUUUAAUACCUUUAUCUUCGAGGCUGGCCUGUUGGAGUAUAAUAUGAAAGGGAGAAGUUUUACUUAUGCUUCGGCUGAUGGUAGAAAAUUGAGUAAGCUCGAUAGAUUCUUAGUCAAUCCUGCCUUCUUUAACUCAUGGCCAGAAGCGAGAGUCGAAGCGUUGUCUAGUUUUCUUUCGGAUCACUGCCCCAUCAUUUUGUCGUCAGUGGCUAAGAAUUUCGGACCUAAGCCCUUCCGGGUGUUCGAUUCCUGGAUAGGUUUGGCUUGUUUUGAAGAGGAGGUUGUUGGGGCUAUUAAGGGAAGUGAUGAUGUUACAGGGCCUCCCGACGUGGUUCUUAUGAAGAAGUUAGGAAUUCUGAGACAGAGAUUAAAACUGUGGAGGGAUGACAUGUUGGCGAAAAAUUCAGAAGCAGUGGCGUCGGCCUUAUCUGACCUCGAAGGUUUGGAAGCAGUUUUGGAUUCGAGAGAGCUAAACGAAGAGGAGGAAUGGUCCUUGUUGGAAUGUAAAAAGUUGUUGAAAGAAGAAGAAGUUAGGAAGAACAGGGACCUAAAGCAGAGGUCUAGGAUUAGGUGGGCUAAGGAAGGUGACGAGAACUCAAAAUUUUUUCACUCUAUGAUCAAUUGCAGAAAAGCGUCGAACGUGAUUCAUGGGCUGAAUAUCGAUGGUUGCGGCUCAUCUUUUAUAGCUUUAAUCCCGAAAAUCAAAGAUCCUCUUGGGCUUAAGGACUAUCGCCCAAUCAGUUUGGUUGGGAUCAUUAAUAAGGUAAUUUCGAAGGUUUUGGCUAAUAGGCUGAAAAGGGUGUUGAAUUCGAUCAUAUCCCAUUCUCAGUCAGCGUUCAUCGGUGGUAGAUUUAUUUUAGAUGGCCCUUUAAUAAUUAAUGAAAUCCAUAAUUGGGCCAAAAAGGUAAAGAAGAAGGUUUUUUUCUUGAAAAUUGACUUUGAGAAGGCCUACGAUAAUGUUAAUUGGAAUUUUGUUGUGGAUAUCUUGUCUCAAAUGGGAUUCCCGAGUAGGUGGUGUGCUUGGGUUAGGGGUAUUAUUUCUUCAGCUAGAGCUUCGGUGCUGGUGAACGGAGCUCCGACAUUCGAGUUUAAAUGUAACAAAGGGAUGCGUCAAGGGGACCCUAUUUCUCCCUUUCUUUUUGUGAUUGUCAUGGAAGCUCUGUCUUGUUUGAUCUCUACGGCUUGUCACUUGGGUAUAUUCAAGGGUGUGGAUCUUCCUAACGACGGCCCAUCGUUAUCCCAUCUGUUCUUCGCUGAUGAUGCCAUUAUCCUCUAG